AUGCUUACGGGCACCGCUAAGGGCCCCUCGGAUUCUCGGGGGCCUCCGGCCGAAAGCCGUUUGGCCUUUCCUUCAGAGGUCCAGGGCUUGCCAGUUGUUGCAACAGCAGUUUUUUUGGAUGGCAAGUGUCGCCAAAUGGUCACUGAGGGGACUGUUCCCGUUUGUUCGGGCGCAUCGACAAGUGAGCACGAGCCCUCUAGGAAGCCCGGGGCCCCCGGCGAGGAGAGCUCAGAUGACCCGAAGCUCAUUAGCCGGAGCCUGGAAGCUGCAGAGAAGGCUACAAUGCAGUUCUUAGCUGCUGCAGCGAAAGGAUCAGCCGCAGGAAAGGAUGAGGAAGCGGACACUGUGGGCAACGACCCGCUGGGCCUGGACGAUGAUUGA